GGCCCGCAGCGUGGCGCCGCCCGACCCCGCGCUGCUCCCGCCGCAGCCGCCGCCGCAGCCAGGGCCGCUGGCUCCCGCCCGGGGGCGGUGGCGGACGGCGGAGGGGAAGAGCUCGGUGCGGACGGGGGCACUCCCCCCCGCGGGUCCGGUGGCGGCUGCAGCCCCUCCUCCCGCCGCUCCUCGCGUGCCUCCCCGCGGGUUUGUGGCGCUGCGCCGGGGGAGGAUGAACGGAGGAUAAAUGGUGCCCAAGGCAGACAGCGGCACCUUCCUCCUCCUUUUCCUCCUGGUGCUGAGCAUCACCGAGCCGCUGCGGCCAGGUCCAUGUGUAGCUUUGGCAAGACUUCUUUCAGAGCUCCGCUGCACCCCAGGGCAGUUUGCGUGUCGAAGUGGUACCAUCCAGUGCAUCCCUUCAAAUUGGCAGUGUGAUGGAUGGCCCACCUGUGAGGAUGAGAGUGAUGAAGUUGACUGUCCGGGACUGACAGGGGACCAGCGAACUUACCAUGGGAAGGAGAAUGUGGACUCCAGGCACAAUCGAGGGAGAGGAGGAGAGACAACCCGCUUUCACACUGUCAAUGUGGCACAGCCUGUCCGAUUUAGCAGAAAGUGCCCAACAGGAUGGCACCACUAUGAGGGCACAGCUAGCUGUUACAGAGUGUAUUUAAAUGGAGAGAAUUACUGGGAUGCUGUGCAGACAUGUCAGCGGGUGAAUGGAUCCCUCGCCACCUUCACUGCAGACCAGGAGCUAAGGUUUAUCCUGGCACAGGAGUGGGACUUGGAAGAAAAAACAUUUGUAAGGAAGGACCAGCGUAGGUUCUGGGUUGGAUAUCAGUAUGUGAUUACCAAUCGAAAUCACUCUCUAGAAGGUCACUGGGAAGUAGCUUAUAAAGGCUCUUCAGAAGUAUUUUUACCCCCUGACCCUAUCUUUGGUACGGCUAUGUCUGAAAAGGAAAACGUUCUUUGUGCCCAGCUUCAGUGUUUCCAUUUUCCUACCCUUCGGCACCAUGGUUUACACAGCUGGUAUGCUGAAAACUGCUACGAGAAAUCUUCAUUCCUUUGCAAAAGGAGCCAGACUUGCGUUGAUAUCAAAGACAACAUUGUUGAUGAAGGCUACUAUUUCACUCCAAAAGGGAAUGAUCCCUGUUUGAGCUGCACAUGUCACAACGGUGAACCUGAAAUGUGUGUGGCUGCUUUGUGUGAACGGCCCCAGGGGUGUCAGCAGUAUCGAAAAGACCCUAAGGAAUGCUGCAAAUUUACAUGCUUAGACCCAGAUGGCAACAGUUUGUUCGACUCAAUGGCUGGUGGAAUGCGUCUGAUUGUUAGCUGCAUUUCCUCCUUCCUCAUCCUCUCUCUGCUGCUUUUCAUGGUCCACCGGCUACGCCAGAGGCGGAGAGAGCGCAUAGAGUCUUUGAUUGGAGCAAAUUUGCACCAUUUUAACUUGGGCCGCAGGAUGCCUGGUUUUGACUAUGGUCCUGAUGGUUUUGGAACUGGCCUUACUCCACUGCAUCUUUCAGAUGAUGGGGAAGGUGGGGCAUUUCAUUUCCAUGAUCCACCUCCACCCUACACUGCUUACAAGUAUCCAGAUAUUCAACAUCCAGAUGACCCACCUCCUCCAUACGAGGCUUCUGUCAAUCCAGACAGCAUCCUUUGUUCCGCUCCAGAUGGAGUUCUUUCUCAGACUGUGCAAAGCAGUCCUCCAUCACUAGGAAACUGUGAUGCAUCCCCACAGCUUACAGAGGGAUCGCUUCCUCCCUCAGUUGGUCCUUCUCCAGUGGAGCUGGAAGACUCUGCUGACAGCAGCACCUUUCUUGUCCCUCCUGACACAGUGCUAAGUGAAAACACUCCGGCAGAAACUCUUACAGGCAGCCGUCACAGCCACUGUUCUCUCAAUACCAUUGUAUAGAGGAGAAAAAAGCUGAUCACCGGUCAGAGAGAGUUUUAGCAACUGUUUGCACAGACAAACACUAAUCCGUGGUUUGAACUUCAGAAGGAAUCUCCACUUUGUUUUUUGAACACUGCUUUUAUGUUCUAGUUUAGGAUUGUGCCUCUCGUUUUUUGGCUGUCGUUAUUCAUUCACUAAUCAGUUUGUUCUGUAAAUAUGGAUUGUAUAACUGCUCUUUUUCUUCCAUUGGCUAUGGAAAAGAGUGCAGAGAAUUCCUUUCACUUCUAAGGAGGUGAAAAAUAUGGGUAGGGGUUUUAUUUUGUUGGGGUUUUUUUCUUAACGUGAGAGGAAACAAAAUCUACAUCAGAAAAAAGCUGCUUGGAUUUGGCUGGAUACCACUGGACCCAGGAAACAGGCAGUGGAAAAGGCGGGUGGGGGCAGUCACUGCUCAGUCAAUUGCUUUCUCUCUUGCUUCAGUGCUAUACUUGGAAAAGGCAGAGAAGACGGAACUGCAAGGGAAGGGGCUGGGGCUUGUUUUACAAAGCGGGAACACUGAGGAGCUAAAACACAUACCACCAAGUACGAGUUACACAGUAUAACACAUUUGCGUGUUUUGAUCUGCCUUGCUGUCUCAGAACACCAUAGGGACUGCAGGAUGAAUGAUCUACACAAUAUGUGACAAGUGGGUACUAAGAAAACUAGGAUUUGCAAUCACAAUUAUUUGUUGUUGGUAGCUGCAAAAUCUGAUGUUGUUGGGUAAACUUCUGGACCAUAAACAAAACUGGGUCUGUGUAAUGCUUGUGUCCCUUCAGUAGAAUCCUCAUACAUAUUAGGCAGUACUUUAGGGAAGAGAUGGGGAGCACUUAAUUUUGGUGCAGUUGGACUUUACUGUAUGAAGCCCCUGUUUGCUAUAACCCUGUAAGGAAGAGUGAGGUGUUUUUAUUUGUAGUUUAACUCCUGAACAGUUGCACAAGACUGGGCUGGCUAAAAGGCCAUUGUUUUUGCUUUUCUUAUUGCAUGCUAUGUUUAGCAUGUGUGUUCCCUCCAUUUCACUUCUUUACAGUUCUACAAAUAGCAUUGAAAAGCAGUGGUCAACAUGCGCUAUACAUGAUGUUUAAUUCUAAUUGGACAUGUGUUCCUUAUCAGGGCCCCAUAAAUUGCCAACCCUCUUGUAGGGAUUUCCCAUGUGUCCCCCAGACCAUUUAUCCAGGUCCCACAAGGGAUUAUCACGAGGUUAGUGCACUUAAAUGAUUUUAAAAAGCAGUUUGCUUCAGUCAGAUAUGUCAUCUUAAAUUUCCCCUUCGAUCGAACUCUUUAAUUUACAGAUGGCAAAAUGAUUCAUUCACUCCCUCACUAAACCCAAAAUCAAGCACUGUUGGUUUUGAUAAUGAAUGCAAAAUAAUCUUUACAGGUGGUUUUACGUUUAAAUUUGGACUUCAGUGCACAAAUAAUUUAUCCUUUCCCCCCAUCCUCCUCUUGCCUCUGCUUCUUGACUUACUGUAACAGUCAGCAGAUGAGAUGCAUUGUAAGGAAUUUGUGAGAAUGCCCCUGUGAGUGUUCGUCUGUUACCUUAUGAAGGGCACAAGCCUAGAGGGACAGGAAGAAAACACUGCAUGGGGGUGUGUGUGAUCUAUUUUUCUAGUAAUGAUGAGAAAUCAUACUUGUAUGACAAAUCCUAACCCACUGUUUUGGUUUCCCAGUGCAGAUGACUCUUUCCCCAUUGAAUAUGCUGCUACUUUCUAUUCUGUUUCUUGCCUAUAGGCUAAUACUGUACGUGGGGAUUGGUCUUGACAAUUCAACUCCUUUUGCACAGAAGACUGAGUUAUUGAGUUCAUAUCUUGAUGUCUUGACAUUCAGACACUUGCUAAUGGUCUUGAAUCCAUCAGAGAGUGUGAAUCACAGUUCUGGGGUGCACUGCUGGCACUCGAGUGGGAGGAAGCACUGUUAGGAAGCCUCAUCCGCCUGGAGCCGUACCACUGCCCGCGUUUUGACUGGCUCUAACAGCAGUGGUAUGAAAUGAGAGGAGCAGUUAUCCACCCUGUGGGAUCUCUUACUGUCUCCUCUUCCGAGUCCAAGUCCUGGUCUAAUGAAGUGGAUGGAUAGCAGUAGUCAGAACCAUGCACACAAAUCGCUGAUCAUUUCUGAAGUAUGAAAAUAAAGCGGGUUUUGUGCGUUUUUGAGCACAAUCAUACUUUUUAUACAUUGUAUGUACUGAUUUUUCCUUAGUUUUAUAGGUACGAAUGCGUGUGUGUGUGUGUUUCUGGGUGGUGAUAUAUCUAUAUCUAUACAUACUGUAGAUCGUAACCUUUGUGCUGCGUCCAGCUAGGUGAAGCUAAGCACUGGGAUAUAAACUAGGCUCUUAGGGUUAAUACUUCUCUCAAGCUGGCUGCACUCUGUUGUAGGACAGGCUGUGAUAGUGUACACUUAAGUAGGAUGCCAAGUCUGUGCUACUACAAUCUGUUCCUGAAAAAUACUUUUGUUAGCAGUGGGAAACAGAAAACUUUCCGUUUCUUUUGAAGCCAGAUGGAAUAUAUUUGUUCUUUGUAGUAUCCUAGCGCAAUAACGAAAGGCCUUGUGCCUUGGUUUAGUGUCUGAAGCUGUGUUUUGUGGCUGAGGUGAACAGAUACCUUACCUCACACUCCUCCUAACACUGCAGGAAUCUGUUCGAUGUUUUUCUGUUUUACUUUUGAUUCUGUGAUGAAUUUUAUUUGAAAAUAAGCUCUGUUACAACUGGCAACUUGACGGUGGCUCCUGGUUGUAGCUAUUCCAAAUGGAGGCUUCUUUGUAGAAGCCUUGGUGUGAUAUUUUCCCCAUUGCUUCUGAGCCUUUCCCACUUGUAUGUUGGCACGGAGGCUGCUAUUGUUUGUCUUUUCCCCUAUUCUCUUUCAUCUUAACUGUAAUCAAGGGAAAUUUUGCCUUGAACAGAGCAGCUCACUAAGUAAAGCUCAUUUACCUCGGUGAGCUUCUAAUUUGGCAAUAAAAUUGGUUUGGUUUGGUUUUUUGUCCCAUUUUAAUUUAGCUUUUUCACACUGGGUGUUUUCUCUUGGAGUAAGAGCUUUUGUAGCAGAAAACAUCGCAACUACUCAGACUUCUGGACCAACUGGGGAAGAGAAGUUUUCUUGACAGCAGUUGACUCCUCAGCAGACCUUCCUUGCCCUGGGUAAGCAGUUUGUCCUGGGCACCAAUUAGAGGACUGAUGCUUGCCAAAGGAGGACCUUCCCGUUUUGCUUGCCCUAUUAGAUGAGAUCUUUGGGAGUUAUUCUGUGCAUUGGUGUUUUUUUUCCCCACCACUGAUCACUUUCUCUGGAUGUUUCUUCUUAACUACUGAUGCAUCGCAGAUGUCCCUCGGGAACCAGCGGGGGAGAUGGCAUUACCACGUCAUUCCCAGCAGCACGUGUGAGCAGAAAGGGCAUUUUCCAUGGGAUAUGCUCAGCUGUGGUUGUGUUAAGCCACAGUUCUCAGUUCUGCGCAGGGCUCGCACCUCCCGUUGUGGCCUUGGACAAAACUGCUCUUCACAUUCCCCAUCCUUACGAUGUACUGUGGUGCCAUAUUGAGAUCUCUGCUGUUCCAGCAAGAGCAGCCCUAGAUAUUCACUUCUGUCCGUGUUCUCAGUGAUACCUGUUACACAGUCUCACAGCAGCCUCUAAUUUUUUUACUAGAUGAGUUGUAGACUAUUGUAAUGUUAUAGAAGGACGGUGGGUUUCAUUCUGUGCUAGAAAAUCAAAGCUGUCAUUCAGAUGUACAAAGAACUUGUUUGCAUAAUGUUCAGUCUUGCCUAGUUUUGAGCCUCAGACUAUUCCUGUGCCCGUUCAUGGCAGGUCAGUGAUCUAGAAGAAGAGUGAAGUAGGUGGGAAAUGUUUUUCUGAAGGCUUAACCUCUCAGUGAGCAGGUUCUGCUUCCACAGAUAUCAUGGUGAUGGCCUGUCCACAUGUACCUCAAGAUUCACUUAGGAAGAAAAUGUUGUUGUGACCAGUAGUUAUUACUGUUCUUUUCCCAUCUAAUAAUGUUAAAUGAAUUUGAAGCUGGUUUUACAGAUGCUUUUCUCUUUCAAAUGUGGCUUUUCGGUGGCAAAGCACUGGCGUUUUAAUGUUGCCUCAUACAACCUGUAAUGUGCAUCUCUUCUCUUUUCAGUUGCUGAAAUGUCUUUGUUCUCCCUGGCUAAGGAACAUGCAAUGUACAGAAAUUGCUUUUAAAUUUCCCUUGCAUGGGAAAUCUUAAUUUAAAGAAUUAAAUGGGAGCUGGACCCUAAAAUUGGAGCAGAUGAGUGUAGAGGAGAUGAAUCAAAGUUUGCUUCUGGUGUUCCCCGGUUCCAAAUAAAAUGGGGGUUUCUUUUUGGAAUAGAUGCUUUUAGUGGUGGCCAAGAUGUGUUGGAAUUAGAUGAUCUUUAAGGUCCCUUCUGCCCCAAACCAUUCUGUGAUUUCCCUAACAACAUCCUGCAUUACCUGCCUGCUACGGUACGACAUAGCUUUAAUUUGCCGGUAUUGUGCACCUUGAACGUGGAGCGGGUUGGAGCCGAUGCCAGCGGAGAUGCUGUGCCUGCAGGCUGCAUGUGUGGCCGUGCACGGGCUGGAGGAUGCCUGGGAGGCUGUGAGAGAGUGAGACACUGCUUUUUACCUUCUCCUGGAAAACAAUGCUAGCCAACACUGCAUUCGCAGGCUUUUCCUGUGUAGUUGGUUUGUGACUGGACUUAACUGUGGCAGUGUAUAAAAGAUUUUGAUAUUCUGUGAAAUACCAUGUAGGAUUUAAAUUUGAUACUAUAAUAAUUCAGUCCCUGUGACACUGGUUUUUGUUUUGACUUCUUUCCUUGGGGUUGGCACUAAUUAUUUUUUUCUUCUCAAGAUGCUGUGAGAAACAUUUCAUCCAAAUGCCAAAUAAAUUGUGUUCUGUAAGAGAAA